AUGCAACCGGAUUUUCUGCAUGAUCAUCUUCAUCAGGUUCGGGGUGAUAUGCUUUUGGCUCUGUAUAACUCGCUGCAUUCAUCUAGUGAGUAUGUACAGAAAAUGUCAUUCAAAGUUCUGGGUAAGCUAGGCCGUUUCAAUCGUACGAACCUGUUGGAGGUACAACGUUUCCGUUUGGACCCGGGUGAGGGUUUGGCCGGACCGCGUCUGCGAUUCUACCUAAACGAGUUUCGCACACAACCAAUUGAUUUACCCGUUCGAUCUUUGGUGGACGCAGCAAUAGAGGUUUUACAAGAUGGCAAUGUCGAUUUGCCCACAAAGACUCGUGCUUGGGAACUUUUACAAUCCAUCUGUUUGGGUGCUCUAGAUCUGUCCAGUGCUUUUCUUCAUGCCGGGAAAACCUCAUCCUCUUCUGCCGAAAACAUUUACUCUUAUAUUGAAGGGCCAGCCUUUCUUUCUGCUGUUCGGCGUUUUGUGAUUCAUGCAGCCAACACGGAUGGAGUGAACGAUUGCUCUGAUCGUCUCCUCUUUCAUUCAUCUUGUUGUGUUGAUGGUGAUCUCGACCGAGACGUAAUGAUCCGAGUGCUUUCUGGGUUAUUUUUGGCUGGAUUCACCAAAUCUCUUCGUGACGAUCACGCUGACUUCAUUGGAUUUGUCGUUCGACACCUCACCAUUAUGUCCAUCUCCGAAUUCGUGCUAUCCUCAACAGACCUGAUGGAUACAAAUCGCCCUUCGGUGUACGGUGACAGCGAAGUUCAAGAUGUGAUAAAUGUUGCAGAGUCAAAGUUGACGACAUCCCUACCCGGAAUAAGAAUAAAACUAAUGGAAGCCGGUUUGAAUCCGGCCAAUCCUGUUUCACGAAGCGGGUUCAUACACGUUGGCNNNNCACCGGGCAGCGGACUCACUCUGGACCCCGUGCUCCUCGUGGACGCGAUACAAAUGAUCAUGGGUCACGAAGAGAAGCAACUCACUCGUCCAAUGAGUGUUCUCUUGCGCACUGUGCAUGCCACAGCAAGUACCGUGCUUCGUGGCGGUGCACUGGAAUCAGUCAAACAGGGAGAGCCAUCAAAUCUGAACGAGGACCAGGUUCAGAAAGCUGUGGCACAACUACCGCUGUUCACUCACCUCGGUCACGUUUUAGUAGACAUGUUGCAUCAUCCUUCGUGAGGCGCAUCACCUGAGGAUAACGAGACUCCAGGCCAAACCGGAUCGGGAAAGCGCACUGCGGCUGCUCCACGUAAAAGACCUUCUACCGCAACUUCCGGCUCCUCAGCGCGCCGUACUAGCUCAUUGCGUCGGGGCAGAAGUGCCUCCAUUUCAUCUAGUACGUCCACAAACGAAUUUGAAGAUGAAACAGCAUCAUGUCCGAUGGAUGUGGUCGAGAAUGAAACGGGACCCAGUUCGAGUCCGCCGUAUUCUACGCCAAGUUUUCCUUCGANCCAGCCAUCGUUAGUGGCAUCUCUUCUCGCCAGUGUGAUUCGUGCAUUACUGGACUCGUUGCUCAGUGAAACCGCCGAGGUGCGUGAUGAAGCACGUUGUCUGCUUCGUCUACUUUCGCUUCAGUGCGGUCGGCCGUUAUCCGUUCUCCUGGCUCCCUACUGGCGUCCACAAUUGGGACACAUUCUACCCCCGCAACCUCCACUACGUUUGCCUGAUCUUCCGAUUUCCACACAAUUGGUUGUCCUCGAAGCAAACUACUUCUUCGGGCAGUCGGAAAACGGUCGCGGGAAAUCGCGAACCCCAGCAAACUCGGGCAAUACAACCACUUCUGGUCCGACUGAUUUGCAAUCUGGUGGAGCAGAACUUCUUCGAUACGAUGUGUCCAGGAAAGCCGAUCGGUUGUUCCUAAUCGAUGUUCGCGCCAUUCUGACCCAAGCGGACGCGAGCAAUCAAAUCUCUUCGUCAUCGACGACGGCUGAAAUGAAUGCUAAUUUCACCGGUAGCGCAUCAACACCAACUUCGACUGCGGUGUCAUCCACACCCGGCCAGAGUACGGCUACUGGUGGAACCUCCGUUUCCACAACUGGAACAAGAUCUGCGAGUCUUGGUGCACGAUCAAGCGGUCCGCCUGCUGUUCAUAGACUCAAAUCGAUUGAUUUGCGCGUGGCUGCCUGUCGUGUCUUGUCGUUGACCCACUAUCUCACUGCACAAAAGCUUCAGAAUUUAUCUACGUUAUUUAAAGGUAUCUGUUCGGAACAAGAAGCUAUACAUGAAGCUGCUUUCGUCUGUCUGAAAGAGUUCGUCAAUCACACUUCGAUAGACAUUGAAUUGCGUCACGCGAAUGUGAAGCCUAUUCUUCAGAAUGUUCGUCAAACAACCAACCUACGUUUAAAUACUGCUCGUCAACUGUCCUACUGUGCCCAGUUGUUCCCCAGCACGUUCAGCGAGCGACUGUGUGAUGCGAUCUAUUCUCAUCUGACCGCGUUGGUCGAUAAUCUACCAAACCAGCAGAAUAUUUCUUCGAUCUCCACACUGACUCCCUCGAAUCUGGAAUUAUGCGCUGUCCUGAUGGAUCUGUUUCAUAUGAUUCCGCUGGCCACUGCCAAACACGUGUCCUCUUUAAUUGACCUCGUGGUCCGGGCUGAGCGUUCGCUUAAUAUUGAACCGACUAGCCCUCUCAGGCUUCCUCUGGUACGAUUUCUUGCACGAUAUCCGGCCGAGACUUGUAUGCACCUGCUUACCGGAUCCAAAUGGCCGUAUGAUUCCCUGGCCCAUAGAAUAUUUUUGGUAAGCUCUGUCCGUUCGAAUUGUCAUAGAAUACAGUCGAUUUCUCAUUGGUGUCCCUCCGUUGAAUUCUGGUGA